AUGACCGCCCUUCACUGCGCCGCAUGCACCAACCCAGACCCUGCAGCCGUGCGCGCCGUGAUUGAGGCUCUGGUGGCAGCGGGCGCUGAUGUGCACGCCAAGGAUUUCUAUGGCCAAGAGCCGCUGCACUGGGCGACCCGCAACAGCAACGCUGGGGCAGCGGCAGCGGCUGUGCAGGCGCUGGUGGCGGCCGGAGCAGAUGUGCGGGCCAAGGCGAAUACUGGCACUGAGCCGCUGCACUGGGCAGCACUGAAUGAGCCCCCGGCGGCAGUCGUUGCAGCAGCUCGGACCCCGCUGCAGGCGGGGGCCUGCACCAGCGCAGUCGACAGGAAUGGCAGCCUGCCCCGCCUGGUGGUAUUGCGUCGCCCUGAUGCAGCGCAGUGCGGCCCGCUGCUGCAGCUGCUGACGCCUGGCCAGCUGCUGACACCCCCCCAUGGGGAGCGCUCUGCGUCAGCAGCAGGUGCACUGCCAGGCGGCACUGGUGGGAGCGGCGCUGCAGCCGCCAGUCGCCAGCUGCCACAGAACAGGCAGUCGGUUGUCCCAGAAGCGCACAACGGCGAAUGUGUAGUGUGCUGGAGCGCGCCGCGCAGCGUGGCGCUGCUGCCGUGCGGCCACCUGGCGCUGUGUGCGGGCUGCGCCGCCACGGACCUGGCAACCAAAAGGUGCCCGGUGUGCUGCCGGGUGUGCUGCCGUCCCGCUGGCAAGACCGUCACCAUCUACCACCCCUGA